GGCAGGUCCCGUCCCUCUUUCCUUCCCAGUGCUCUCCUACCAGUCCUCUUGCACCAGUCCUAUCUGUUAGUCCGGUCACAUCCAGUGGAUAUUAUCAUCACUAUGGAUUUGUCAGUCCUGCUGCCUGUCCCCGUCUUCCCUCUCAGUGUCAGUAAGCUCUGUCGCUGGGCUGUCUGCCUCGGUCUCUUUUAUUUGCUGUUUAAAGCCUUUAAGUUGUAUUUGAAUUGGAGAAAGCUGGUGACUGCAUUCCAACAUUUCCCAGGUCCUGAUUGUCACUGGCUAUAUGGCAAUGCCCGUGAGUUUCUGAAGACUACAGGGAACUUGGAACUCACCAUACGAUGGGCUCAGACGUAUACUUAUGGAUUUCCCUUGUGGCUGGGAAAGCUAUUUGCAGCACUUAUAAUCACACAUCCUGAUUAUGCAAAGGCUAUUCUCUCCAGGCAGGAUCCCAAGGAUGAUGUGACCUACAGAUUUGUAAUCCCUUGGAUUGGUGAAGGAUUAUUGAUCACCUCUGGGGAAAAGUGGUUUCAUCUCCGGAAAUUGCUGACUCCUGCCUUUCACUAUGAAAUCCUAAAGCCGUAUGUGAAACUAAUGGGCGACGCCACUAAAACCAUGCUGGACAAAUGGGAACGUCGCCUCGUAGAUAAGAAGCCAGUGGAGAUUUCCAAUGAUGCCAGCUCCAUGACCGUGGACAGCAUCAUGAGAUGCGCCUUCAGUUACCAUAGCAACUGCCAGAUGGACAGUGAAAAUCCCUAUGUUAAAGCUGUAUAUGACAUCUCUUACUUGGUAGACCACAGGUUCCGUAAUUUUAUCUAUCAUAAUGACCUUAUUUACUACCUGAGCCCACAUGGAUUACGUUUCCGGAGAGCACUGAAAAUAGCGCAUGACCAUACAGACAGAGUAAUAAAACAGAGAAAAGAAGCUCUGAAAAGUGAGAGAGAGUUGGACAAAAUCAGGCAAAAGAGACAUUUGGAUUUUCUUGAUAUACUUCUAUGCACAAAGGAUGAAAAUGGCACACAUCUGAGUGAUAAAGAAAUGCGAUCAGAGGUGGACGCAUUCAUGUUUGCGGGACAUCAUACGACAGCCUCUGCAAUCUCCUGGAUAAUAUACUGUAUGUCCAAGUACCCCGAGUAUCAGGAGAGGUGUUACGAGGAGAUCAGAGAGGUCCUGGGAGAUCGGGACACAGUGGAAUGGGAAGACCUUGGAAAAAUGACGUACACCGCAACGUUUAUAAAGGAGACCUUGCGGCUUUAUCCUCCGGUUCCUGGAGUCGCCAGAAAGCUCAGCAAACCAAUCACUUUCUGCGAUGGGCGGAGUCUUCCUGAAGGUUCCAUGGUUAUCCUGAGCCUUUACUGUGUAAAUAGAUGCCCCAGUACCUGGAAGGAUCCAGAGGUGUUUGACCCAUCACGGUUUUCAGCAGACAGUUCAGCGAACAGACACCCUCACGCCUUUAUUCCCUUCUCAGCCGGGCCCAGAAAUUGCAUUGGGCAGAACUUUGCUAUGAAUGAGCUGAAAACCGCUCUGGCUCUGACAUUACAGAGGUUUCAGAUACUUCCAGCCCCUGACCAUGAACCAGAGAUCGUUUCCCAAGUAGUUCUCAGCUCCCUGAAUGGGAUUUAUGUGAACCUGAAGAAGCGCGGGGACUAGGAGUGGAAGUGUGAAUACGGAAUGUACAGCUGAGAGUGCAUGGGACAUUGUAGAGAUAACAAUCCUGAUACAUUUGCCGAACGACGGUAUGGGAUGAAUGAAACAAGGAUAAAGAAUGGAAAUCUAGCAGUUCUCUGAUUCACCCUACUUUCUAGAGUCCUAGUGUCCCGAAUGCUUUUUAUGGACCUAGUAGACAUUUUAUACCCAUGUCUCGAUUCAAGCAAUAAUGAACAAACCCGGCUUCCAAUCACACUAAUCACCCUCGAAAUGGGGAUUCGGUCAUUAGGUCGACACCACGUAGGUCGACAUUCAUUAGGUCAACAUGGUCAUUAGAUCAACAUGUACUAGGUCGACAGGUCAAAAGGUCGACAUGAAAUUUUUUUUAAAUACAAUUUUUGGACUUUUUCAUACUUUACGAUCCACGUGGACUACAGUUGGGAACGGUAACCUGUGCCGAGCGCAACGGUAGCAGAGCGAGGCACCUUGCCCGAAGCAUGGCGAGCGAACACGGUGCACUAAUUGGGGUUCCCCGUCACUUUACGAAGAAAACGAUACCAAAAAAAGUAAAAAAAAAAAAAUGUCGUCCUUUUGACCUGUCGACUUAGUACAUGUCGACCUAGUGAUCCUGUCGACCUAAUGCAUGUCAACCACUAGUGGUCGAUCUAAUGACUGUCAACCUAAGUUGUGCCGACCCAACGACCCAUACCACUAGAAAUGCUGGAAGUUAUUUGGCCAUAAGUAAGUGCUCGUCCAAAUUGUCCACUUAAGUGUGUGCCCAAAUUGUGCAUUGAUAAUGCUUCUCAGCUUCCGAACGGCAAAAUCAGGCCUGUUGGGGCCAGUGUAAGGGGUGGGAAACAGUUCUCAAUUCAUUUGAACUUUUUACAGUUCUUGAGAAAAUAAAAUACAUUUUCUUGAGUGGAUAAUAUUUUUGUCCCCUUUUUCUUGUAGAAUAGUAUUUUAUUUUAUUGUUGUUUCUAACAAUAAACAUUUUGGAGAACAUCACCCAACCGCUGACUAUGUACAAGCCACAACUCCAACACUCUUUGAUGUCACAGUCUGUGCAAUGGGCCACAUAACUCCAAUUCAACUGAGAUUAAAAGAUCUCUAAAAUACAUUAUAAUAUGAAAAAUUGAGCCUUUAUAAAGCAAAUAUCAUGUUUAUUUUUUUAAAUAAUUGAAUGUUUAUUACCUACCUGUUAGUGUAAUAAACAAUGUAACUUUA